AUGAACAGGCCGGCUCGAACAACACAUGAGCGUUUGCUGAUAUUAAAGGGCCGCGCGGCUAUGUCGCUAAUCCGACCGGGGGAGGCGAGGUUGAGAGACGACCCCCAUUUUGAUAACAGAGGAAUCGAAAGAAUUCAAACUAUUGCGCAAGAAAUUAAAAAAGAGUAAGAAACAGAAUGGCCUGCCACACUUCUGCUCGUUAGCCUAUCACUCUCCCUCGACCACCCCUCCCUUCUCCAUUCCGUUUCGUCUUCAGGACCAGAUGCGCCCUUUAUUUCUCCGUUCCCUCUUAUCAAGGCCCGGCUUCUUGGCCAGUCAUCUCGAUUGCGAUUCCGGCACAGGAACGGGCAUCACGUCCGUCACCCGGCCCGCUACCGACCGAGACCCACACCAGACCCAGUACAUCUGCUUCCGACGGACUGUUGAUCAUCCCCGGAGUGCGCGUCGAUCCAUCCAUCCGUCCAUCCGGAUACGGUAAAUGUAAACACGAAUUGAUUAGUGCAAUAUUUGCUGACCCGCGAGAGUCAAGUCCAUUCGGAUUCGGGAAUGGAUGA